AUGAGCAGCUCAACUGCGAGUGAGAAUGAUCUCGCAAACACCAAACAUAGCAGCGGCGAAAGGGUAAAUUAUACUUCUACCGAAAAUGUUCACAAUUUUAAAGGCGCAGCAAGUCUCGAGUCCACGGGCAAAGAGAAAUCCGUGAUCGAUACCCGCUCCGAUAACGACACCACAACAUCCGACGAAGAUGCCUCCGGUGAAAUAACCUACCCCGAAGGAGGCCGCACAGCCUGGCUCGUCGUGCUAGGUAGCUGGAUGUCCUGCUUCGGCUCCAUGGGCCUUAUGAACUGUCUCGGCAUCUUUCAAGCAUACCUAGGCGAGCACCAACUCCAACCCCAUUCCUCAAGCAGCAUCGCCUGGAUCUUUGGUGUUUAUUCCUUUCUCGCGUUCUUUUGUGGCGUUGAAGUUGGUCCAAUUUUCGAUGCAAAGGGGCCGAGACCACUGAUACUGUUAGGUGGUUUGGGCACCGUGGCGUUUUUGUUGUUGCUUGAGGUGUGCACGAAAUAUUGGCAUUUCAUGCUCUGUUUUGGUCUGCUGGGAGGGAUCAGUUUGUCGCUUGCGUUUAGCCCUUCAAUUUCCAUUGUAGCGCAUUACUUCCAUCGUCGAAGAGGGUUUGCGGUGGGAAUCGCAUCUUCAGGGGCUUCCAUAGGCGGCGUUGCGUUUCCAUUAUUGUUUCAGCAUGCCUCUUCCAACCUAGGAUUUUCUUGGGCAACGCGAAUCAUUGCACUUGUUGACCUGGUCACAUUUGGCCUGGCGUUUUUAUUGAUCAGGAGACGCUUUCCAUCGAAAAAGGCUACUUUCGACAGACUUGUUCCGGAUCUAUCAAUCUUUCGACAGAAAGACCUGAUGCUGGCGACAAUGGGGAUAUUCUUCAUGGAAUGGGGCCUGUUUAUCCCAUUGACGUAUCUCACUUCCUUUGCAUUGGAUAUCAAUAUGUCCUCCGAAUCGUCAUACCUAUUGUUAUCCCUCGUCAAUGCCGCAGCCGUCUUUGGUCGUUGGAUACCCGGUUGGUGCGCCGAUCGACUCGGCAGAUUCAAUACACUUAUCAUUACGAUAGCUAUGUGCUUGGUUUUUAUUGCUUGUCUAUGGAUGCCAGCUCAGUCUAAGCAUGUCGUCAACGGUGGUAGUGCAUCUGCACUGGCUAUUGCAUUUGCGGUUCUGUUCGGCUUUGCAAGUGGGAGUAAUGUCAGUCUUGCGCCGGUCUGCAUUGGGCAGUUGUGUAGGAUUGAGAGGUUUGGGAGGACAUAUGCCACGGCAUAUGUUAUCGUUAGUAUUAGCACCCUCACUGGAAUCCCAAUAUGCGGGGCUAUUCUUCAGCGCUGUAAUGGAGAAUACUGGGGAUUGAUUACGUUUGCUAUUGUCAGCUAUGCCGCCAGCUUGGUUUGUCUAGCAGCUGCGAAGAUAUCUCAUUGCGGCUGGGAUCAAAUUAUGGCUAUUUUUUGA